AUUUGUACUAGGAAGGAUGAGCAUUUGAUUGUUUCACCAGAACAAUUGUCAAUAUUCAGAGGUCAUCUACCACAUCUUGCACAGUUCAUUCACCAAGAUGGAGCAUUCUUCAAAAGAAUCAAAUGUGUUCAUAUUGACAAGCCACAUAAAAUCUAUACAGCAGGGCUUGCACAUCAUGGC